AAUUCCCAUUUCCCUUAUCAAGCAAAAUCAAGCCCUGUAGUAUAAACAUGUGUCCAGGUCUUCUUCUGUGCUCAUUCUAAAGACCUAAGAGAUGGCCUGGUUUGGUUCUGCUAGUUCCUUUCAAGCUACCUGUAUCAAUAGCCUGGCUAGGGCACUGUCAGAGAAGAGCUCAGAUCAGUCUGGAAAGGUACAGAAGUUGCUUGACUACUGUCCUCCCCUCUCGAGUGGUGAUGAUGCGUGUGUGCUCAGUGAUCGGUCCCUGGCAGCUGUGACAGCACUCGGACUGUAUGCAGUCAACUCAAAACUUCAGGCUGAUGAGAGUGAGGUGGUGGACUACCUGCUGGGACUCCUCCACUGUCUACCAUCAGCCUCAUGGGUGCAGAACAUGCAACUAGUCACCAAGAAAGAGGGCAUGAUUGCUGAGCAGUUCUCCUACAAGCUAGUCCUCAUCCUCACCAACAUCUCUCCACUCUGCAGCUCUGAGAACAAGAGCAAGAUUGUUGAGGGGGUACUGGGUGUGUUUCAGGAGCUCAUCAAGAGGAACCAAAGCUCAGAACAAAGCCACGAUGAUCACCAGCUACUGGUCACAGUGCCAGCCCUACUGGGUGUGGGACGAGCUCUGCAAGUGUCAUUGAGUGGACCCAGUGAAGCAUUUAGUAAGCUCUUCGAUCAGACCCCCAGCUGUGAGGGGGAGGGGCUCGAGGGGACUCCCAGCUGUGAUGGGGAGGGGCUGGACGGUGAAACCCCCAGCUGUGAUGAGGAGGUCUGGGGAUUGGACCAGGAGAGCACUAUCAAUCUAUUCAAAAUGACCUUGGAGCUGCUGACGUCCCACCCAUGGAAGGUGCUGGACUCUCACCUGGAGGCAAUGAGCAGCGGCCACCUCGUGCAGCUGGGCUACCCUUAUCGCUACAUCAGCAAUGUGGUGUCCUUCGUCCUCACCAAUCUCAUCAGGGACCUCGUUAUCACCUCCCCUCAUGAUCUAGGUACAGUGAGGGGUCAGGUACUCAAGCUAGCUGAUGGUCAGAUCACGGCUGGGGUGAAUGAGUUAGGGACUGCCUCACCAACCGGCUCUAAUGAGAGGGCAUUCCAUAUCAUCAAGGUCAUCUGUGUUGCCGUGGACAACCUCGUCUGGGCUGUCAAAACUGACAAGGAGGUAGAGAAUGCCUUUCAACGUUUCUAUUCUCUGCUGACUGUGCACACUGCCAAAUACAGUGUCCUGGUGGCACCCCUCAGGGCGUCCAUGCUCGAGGCCAUUGCAGCUCUUGCAGAGCAGCGUCACAGUUUAAUAAGCCUGGCAUUGAACAGAUUCAAAGAGUUUCUCAACUCGCCCCUCCUCUACUCGAUGUACAGCGACGCCCUCUCCAGUGGCAAGGGCAGUGUUAACUUUGAUGCCACCACUGUCAAACCUCAGGUGUAUCGGAAGUUGUGGUCAUCGUUGGCCACACCCAUUCAUGUCUCUCGAAUGGACGCCUUUGUUACCGUGCAACAAGCACUGGGGAAAGCGGUUUGUAGAACCCUGUUGAUUGGAGAUGGGUCCAAUAGUGAUACUAUCGAUGGUUUCCUGGCAUCCCUUGGCAACCAACUGUACACCAGUGACGCCAGCAUAGAUCGUACUCUUCGUGUUGCGGAGUGUAUUGUGAUGUUACUGGGACAGGUAGCAGUUGAGUUGAGGGGGAAACACAUCGACCAGACGAGUGGCAUCUUCCAACAGAGGCUCUUCCAUCCAACCAGCAACCUGGAUGGUAACAUUGUCAGGGAGCUGGGGAAGAUGGCCGCCAAGACUGGAGACCCUGGCUCUAUUGAUAUGUUGAUUCGCCUGAUGGGCCUGUCUCUAGGGGAACCAAUGCCAGCCUACUCCAAGAGGGAGGCGGGAAAGGAGACCUUCAGUCACAUCUACCAGCCGGUGGUGGACUCUCUGGUACACGUCGCCACUCACCUCAAGGACAAGCAACAGAGGUUUGAGCUACUGGACAUGUCCAUGCAGUUGUUCGUACAGCAGGGCAUUGAAGCACGGAGGGCUAGUGAGGUAGCCACCUUCUCACGCAAGGCUACCUCCAGCUCCUUCAGUCUGGGUCUGCUGUUACCCGUCAUCUCAACACUGAUUCAAGAGCUACAGCCGCUCUACAACGAGCCCUCUACUAAAGCAGUGAAGAUCUUCCGUGACUUUUGGCUCUAUUGCAUCAUCAUGGGCUUCAGCAACUUCAGCAUCGGUGUGUUUCCAUCAGCAUGGUAUGUCAGUGUGCGGGAUAUAGCGGCACGAUCUCCCCUCCUCCUCUCUUUGGGGGGAGAGAAGUUCCUGGACAAGGAGCUGGAGAUCAACCAUCCCCUCAAGAUUGAGAAUAUCGCUGCAGGAGAGCUUCAGGAGGCGAGACAGAGCUUGAUAGACCGGUUGGGCAAGUCCUCGGACCUGGACAGACUUGUGUAUCGCCUCACCUUUGUACAGUGCAUGUAUCUGCAGUCCAUCGAACAGCUGGAGACUCUGAGACUUGAGAGCUCUACAGAAACAUUUCCGUUGAUCUUCCGUUACCUUGAGAACAGAGGACUGCACGGAGAGCUGUGGAUUGCCGUGGAGAUGAUUGCCAAUAAGCUGUUUGACAGAUUUGUGGAGCUCAUGGAAAACAAGCCUGCCAACGCGGCGAGGGCCAGAGAGCUGGAGACAGUGGCACAGCUGCUACUGUUCAAGUUCAACCACCUCAAGGGCAGGAUUAAACAAGUGGCAGAUCGCUAUCUCACAAAACUAGUCGAAAAAUUCCCGCACCUCCUGUGGAGUAAGACAGUCAUCCACACCAUGCUGGACCUCCUGCAGGAGCUCUCACUCACACUCAAGGACCUGUCUCCGCGGGAGGCCGUCACUAUCCAGCUGCCUCACUUGGACCACUCCAUCACAAUGCCAGACAAGUUUGAUAAGAGAGAGAAAACAGUCAGCUACUUUGCCACCCGCUGCCAGCAAAUUAUUGAGUUGGCCAUUAAAUGGACUCCGACUGAAACCAAGGCCAUUUUGGAGGACUACAUCAGCAGUGUUCAUACUAGUAGUGUGGGUGUGGUCCACCACAGUGCCGUCUCCCUGGCAGCAUCAAUCAUCAGUAAACACUCGCAACUCAACCAAGAAUCACAACAUCUUCCGUCGUCGGUGACUGGUAACAGAGCGAGCUGUAUGACAGACAGUCUCUCUCGGCCGUUGAGCAAUGUCUACCUGCAGUCUAGUAGCAUGGGGGAGGUGCUGGGAAUGAGGGGGGUGCUCCUACUGUCAGCAUCACUGGGGUCAAGUGUUGAUCUCCCCACCAUGCUCACUGCUCAAGUGCUCACUGCAAUACAGUCAGGUGAUAGGGAGCAGUUGACCGGUGCUCUGUACAAGGCCACUGCUUUACUCAUCGUGUCUGAAGGUAUUGAGCGGUCCCUGCUCUAUACCGUGAGUCAGGUUCCAAUACGAAGGUUCAGUGCAGCUGCUCUGUCAGUGGCUGUCGGCUGUUGGCAAUGGCUACUCACCAAAAGACCUGAUCUUGAAUACCCAUUUAUGAGGGAGUUCUCGGCCGCUUGGAAGUGGACGAUUGACGAGAAGAUGGGAAUAUUCUCCGCCCACCUCGAGGCCUCUGUGACGGACAACCAGAGACCACCCCCUGUCUCAGUCAAGCAACACAUGCUCCUCAUUCAAUUUCUCGAGAACAGGUUGAGCGUGGUCAAGACUAGAGACACGGCACAGGUUUCGCUGAUAGUUGAGAUUCUCCACAACUCCUUCACACUUGGUGUUGGCCCUAACUCCCGACAGCUUCAGCAUCUCUCACACGCCCCAGAGACAGUCGCCGCACGAUUCAGACUGCUGAGCAUAGCUGUAACGGCACUACAAGAGAACCUCAUCUCCAACACUCUAGAGAGGACCGUCAUUAGAGAGAAAGCUUACAACACAGCCCUCGACUAUUUUGCUUUUGAGGCCUCCUGGCCGAUGGAUGACAUCGUGGUUGUCAGGGAAACAAUGUCUGUGCUCAUAAAGUUUUGGCAGUCAGUAAAGGACCUCAGGAACAUUGCAGCUGUCCCACAAUUACCGAGCUCUGCUUUGGAGGCCUCUACCUCUGUGCCUCGUAGCAGCAUCAGCUUCUGGGACCUAGCCUUCACAGCUGAUUCCAGUGCAGCACAGGGAAACUGGAUGAAUGUCCUCGGCUCUAGUCGUGGCUAUCACACCAAGACCAAUUCUCUCAACAUCCAGAACCUGCAAGUGCCCCAAAUGUCCAGUAGGAAGAGCUCCACUCUGACCAAGAACAAAGUGCUCUUCAAGAGAAGGAACCUCAUCCUGGCCUUGGUGAGACAUGAGAUAGAGCGUCUGAGUGUGUGGCAGAACCCUCGCUCUCAACCAGAGCUCACUGUACCCAAUGAAGAGGGAGUGUACAGUUGGAGCAAUCCCACACAGUCUGACAGGCACUGGAGGUCCACCGUUGCCAUGGCAUUCAAUACAUCACCACACCUUGCCUUCCAGCUAGUCAAUAGGUUUAAGACGUUGGAGGUUGUGUCUCGAGAAGUUGAUCGUCUCAUCCACUCCCACCCGGUGGCCUUCAUCGAUAUCCCCGACGCUGCUCAGCGACUGGCAAAGAAGGAAUCAGUUCAGCAAAAUGCUCCAGAGCUAUACCACCUCCUCUACUGGCGUAACGUCCCACCAGCUGCUGCCCUCAUUUACUUCUACAAGCCCUUCUCCUCACACCCCAUCACCGCUCAGUUUGCCAGCAAGGCCAUGCAGAGCUUCCAACCAGACGAUAUUCUGCUCUACAUACCACAACUAGUACAGACAGUUCGCUAUGACAAGCUUGGUUUUGCUCAAGCCUACAUUUUAGCAGCAGGUAAAAAGUCACAGCUACUAGCCCAUCAGUUUCUGUGGAACAUGGAGGCCAACAUGUACAUGGAUGAGGAGGGCACUCAGAGAGAUCCUGAGAUCGGAGAUAUUCUAGACAAACUUAGCACUGGUAUAAAGGCGGGACUAUCAGGGUCUGCUCUUAUGUUUUACGAGAGGGAGUUCACAUUUUUCAAGAAGGUCACUGGUAUCUCAGGGGUCAUCAGACCAUUCCCCAAAGCCGAGAGAAGAGAAGAGUGUCUAAAGGCACUGCAGGAAGUGAAGCUUGAACCAGGUGUCUAUCUGCCUAGCAACCCAGACUCUCUCCUCCUAGAGAUAGACUACGAGUCUGGCAGACCCAUGCAAAGUGCUGCCAAGGCUCCGUUCUUAGCAAGGUUCAAAGUGGCAAAGUGCGGCACUGCUAAAGUUGAGCAACUGAACACAACAAAUAAUACAGAGUCACUGGUGGACCUACCUGCUCUGUUCAGUAGCUCGGCCGUGUGGCAAGGCUGUAUCUUUAAAGUGGGGGACGAUGUCAGACAAGACAUGCUCGCACUGCAGAUCAUGCAGCUGUUCAAGGAUGCGUUUGAGAGGGUGGGGCUGGAGCUCUACCUGGUGCCCUACAGGGUGGUCGCCACUGCUUGUGGGUGUGGUGUGAUUGAGUGUGUGCCUGACUCUAAGUCACGUGAUGAGCUGGGCAAGCAGACGCAAGCCUCCCUCAAGGACUACUUCAACACCACUCACGGCAAAGAUGACUCGAUUGGAUUCCAACAGGCGCGUAACAACUUUGUUGUGAGCAUGGCUGCCUACUCUCUUGUGAGCUACCUGCUCCAACUCAAGGACAGGCACAAUGGCAACAUUAUGAUAGACAAGCUGGGUCAUAUCAUCCACAUAGACUUUGGGUUUCUGUUUGAAUCCUCUCCCGGGGGGAACAUGGGGUUUGAGCCAGACCUCAAGCUGACGGAGGAGAUGCUCGAGGUCAUGGGAGGAAAGAAAUCAGACGCUUACAGAUGGUUUCUGGACCUGUGUGUACAGGGCUACCUCGCUAUACGACCUUAUCAGGAGCAGAUUGUGUCUCUCGUGUGCCUCAUGCUUGAUACGGGCUUCCCUUGUUUCCGUGGAAACACCAUCGAACAACUCAGGGCGAGGUUUCGACCCCAGCUGAGUGAGAAGGAUGCAGGCAAGGCCAUCAUAGACGUGGUGGAGUCAUCGUGCCUCAAUUUAAGGACUUUGUCCUACGAUGUGAUCCAAGACAUGCAACAGAAGAUCUAUUAUCACAAGAAGGCCUCCUCCUGAGUCCUUAACUAUAGUAAAAACAUUUUAAUGGAAUUUCAUUGAACAACAAAAUUAUAGUACAUGGUAUAGCUAGCUAGAUACACAAUUGCAAAUGAUAUUUAUCUGUGGUAUAAAAUUAAUGCUUUUUACACUUCUUG